UUCUUCUUUUGCAACCCACAUGCGCAGUUGAGUCUGCUUGACAGUUGUGUGACGUAGGGUGAUAAUUGGUCUAUAUUCACGUUAUUUAAGUCAUAUGCCCUACUCGUUUUAGUAAAAGUACAAAAUAAAGAAAAAUAAUAAAUAAACAGCUGUUUGUUAAUUUUUUUAAUUUAUUUUAAGCCUACUAUAGGCUUACAAUAUAAUUUCCCUUAAUUUUGAUCACACAAGCAGUAAUUCAUAAUUGCAGCAAUUUAUAUAGUGCUUAGCUACGUUAAUUUGCCUUAUGGAUUUGCAUAUUCCAGUGACAUAAUUACAUUCUUUCUGUACGUUCGUUUUAUUUUUCUAUAAUAAUACUGUUCUGUCUGUAAUGUAUUCAUUGGACACUGCGCCGGACACUAAAUAUGCAAACAUUUCAUGUACAUUUCCCAUCCAAAGAUUUUAAGAGUAAUUAUAUUAAAAAAAAUGAAUAUCAUGUAUUAUCUGUUUUACUUGGUAAUAAAGACCUGAAGAAUAUUGGGUAUUGAAUUGUGACUCAAUUUGUUGUGCAUUGCGGAUUUAUCUGCAGAGUGUGUAUUACCUUAAGGAGGUUGUUGGAGUUUCGUUUCUACUGAGUUUUCAUCGUGCUCACAAGCGGACUAGACGGAUGUUUUAAUGAAUUUGGUGACAGGUCCCUUUAAAAAUGUCCUAGUGCUUGAAUGGAAAACUCCUCCCCUAAAGCUGAGUGUUGUCUAGACAACACGAUACUCUGGGUGGCUACAAUGUUUCCUGUUUGGUUCAUAAAACUUGAAAGCUACAAACAAACAUCAUAGCUCAAACAUUCCUAGAAAACCCAAAUUCAUUCUAUGAAGAAAAGACUAAAAACCUAGAGUUAGUAUGUCUGACCUGGCUAAGGAGAAAGCAGCUCGUCUCUUGAAGAAGAGAGCCAGCGUGUCUUCCCUUGGCAGCCAUGAGGUAAAAGCCAAGGAAACAGCUGGUAGGACGAAGGACUCCUUAAGUACUGUAUCUUACAUGGAUGAGCCAGGUCACCAUGACGAUAACCUUAGGCCUGCUGUUCAAAUGGAAAACACUUACCAGAUGGGACCCUACCGGCGCUUCCCUGUCAUCACUGUCAAUGAUAUUCUGAAGGAUGUACUCGCCAGCUACUUGCAAGAGGAGAAGUAUGAGGCCGACCUAUGCCGGCAAAUGACAAAAACCAUAUCUGAGGUGAUUAAGGGCAGGGUGAAGGAACUGAUGGUUCCUCGUUAUAAGAUCAUCGUUCUCAUCAGCAUCGGACAGCUCGGUGACCAGAAUGUGCGCAUGGGCAGUCGCUGUCUGUGGGACUCGUCCAACGACACCUUCUCCUCACACACCUUCAAGAACAGCUCUCUCUUUGCCGUGGCCAAUGUCUACGCUGUUUACUUUGAGUGAGUCACAAUCACUGAUAACUGCCAUGGGCUUCAGAUACACUGGGAAAGGCUUCAUGCCCUUCUUUAACCUUAGAUACUGGGUAUCAUAAAUACGAUACAUUUUAUGUGUUUAUUGUCAUGUUCAAAACAUAUCAGCAUGCAGGUGAUUUGGGUAGUUUCCUAGAGUCCUAAUUGAGGCACCUUCUGAUGAACUGGGUUAAUGUGUCACUAUACAGAGAGGCUCCACACAUUGUUGUUUUGCUAGUACUGCAGCCAGAGUUGUUGUUUUUAGAAAGUAUAAAGAUAAGGUAGCCUAAAGAGAAGGGGAAAGGUGUGUACAUGGAGUGUAACUUAGAAUCUUUUUUUUUUCAAAUAUUUUUCAAAUAUUUAUGACAUCCAAAACGACCACAUUUUAGAGGUGAAUUAUUGGCUUCAUCUAGUCAUUCUAAUACUAAAUGAUGUUCAUCUCAAUGCUAGACCAUUUUACAUCCUAGCAACCUUAUGACUGUUUAGAACUAUCUUGUUUACCUGUGUGUAUACUGUCAUCAUACUUUUAUCUUGGAGGGUCAUCUCUAUUUGCACUAAAGUAUGUUUGGUUUGUCAGCAACCAUGCCUUGAGAAAGAAAUAAUGAUUCUCACUGAGAAAAUGUUGUCAUUUGUUUAAGUUUGGGACUUGCUCCUUAAAAUGAAAAUAAAAAGAGA